AUGCCCUCGUCCAGUCCACAUGAACGGCAACAGGAUUGCCAAGUAUUGUACUGUAGCAAUGUUGCAUUUUCUUUGCCGGCAAUUGCGCCCUCUUCGUUGUCUGUCUGCGUCUCCUUAUCCACCACUCAGACACCUUGUCCUGACGUGCCGUUCUUGUCUGCUGAUGCAGGGAAAAAAGGACGGGUCAUGUCACACGGGAGUGAACUACCGCCAGAGUCAGGCUGGCAAAGUCCAUGUCCUUUCUCAUCUCUUGGUUUACUGCACUCCGUACACCCGUGUGUGAUAAGCUUCCAAUGCACAGAGAAAAAGGUAACAUCCACAGGGCAGAGGAAGCGGCUCGACGGCGGCGCGCCAUUUGAUAUCGGGCUCGUGAUAUCAAUAUGA